AAUUUUUAAACGAAUGUAGCGCUUGCAUUGAGCAUUUUUUAUUACAAAGUGUUUACAUAAACAGACAAGUAUUUUGAAAUGAACAAAUUACAAAAGAAACCACCGAAUCGCACUGAGUUGACAAAAUUGAUAAAAGAUGUACCAGAAGAGUAUCAACAACACAUUCAGUCAAUGUCGUUAAAAAUGAUGCAGCAUCCUGCAUAUGGACAGCCUUACCAAUGGAGUACGCGAGACUUUGAAAUGGGAGCUCCCUUAGGGCGUGGAAAGUUUGGUCGCGUAUAUUUAGCUCGUGAACGAACAUCAAACUUUAUAGUAGCUAUGAAGGUAAUGUUUAAAGCGGAGCUAGAAAAGGGAAAUGUACAGCGACAAGUUCUUCGUGAAAUUGAAAUACAAACAAGAUUGAAACAUCCAAAUAUAUUGAGAUUACUGACUUGGUUUCAUGAUGACAGCCGAAUAUAUCUUGCUCUUGAAAUCGCUUCUGAAGGUGAAUUGUAUAAACAUUUGCGCAAUUCGCCACAGCGUCGCUUUGAAGAACCACGAGCAGCUAAAUACACUUACCAGGUAGCCGACGCUCUUGAGUAUUGUCAUUUGAAUAAUGUUAUACAUCGUGACUUGAAACCGGAAAAUAUUUUGUUAACAUCAUCAGACGAUGUCAAACUAGCCGAUUUUGGAUGGUCCGCACACACUAUAUCUAAUAAGCGUAAAACGUUAUGCGGCACUUUGGAUUAUUUACCACCAGAAAUGGUAGAUGGUCACAUAUAUGAUCAUUCUGUUGAUCAUUGGUGUUUAGGAAUUUUAUGCUAUGAGUUUUUAGUCGGCUGUGCGCCUUUCGAGUCGAACGAUAAUGAAAAAACUUACGAGAAAAUUAGACGUCUGGAAGUUUAUUAUCCUUCGCAUAUGAGUUCUGGGGCAAAGGAUCUAAUAUCAAAGUUGUUACGAAAAUCGAAUAAUGGACGCAUUACACUCGUGGAGGUUAUGAAACAUCAUUGGGUCAAGGAAAAUAUGGCUAUAAGAAACGCUUACUUAGAAGAGAAAAUGAGGCGUGAAAAAGCUUUAGAAUAAAGUUUUUCUUUAUCUUUGUAUUUUUUAUCUAAUAAGAUGUAGCUCUUGAAAUGAAUUUAGUAAUAAAAAUGUUCACAAAAAGGUAUGAAUCUAA